AGAUUUGUAGCUCAUAUUGUCUUAGAAUUCAGAAAAUGCUCAAUUUCACUGAUGUGACAGAAUUUAUUCUUUUGGGACUAACCAGUCGUCGGGAAUUGCAAGUUCUCUUCUUCAUCAUUUUUCUUCUGGUCUACAUUAUCACCAUGGUGGGCAAUAUUGGCGUGAUCAUGUUAAUUAAGAUCAGUCCACAGCUUAACAGCCCCAUGUACUUUUUCCUCAGCCAUUUGUCAUUUGUCGAUGUGUGGUUUUCUUCCAAUGUCACCCCUAAAAUGUUGGAAAACUUGUUAUCAGAGACAAAAACGAUUUCUUACGCUGGAUGUUUAGUGCAGUGUUUCUUUUUCAUUGCUCUUGUCCAUGUAGAAAUUUUUAUUCUUGCUGUGAUGGCCUUUGACAGAUACAUGGCGAUUGGGAACCCUCUGCUCUAUGGCAGCAAAAUGUCAAGGGUUGUCUGCAUGCGACUGAUUUCUUUCCCUUACAUAUAUGGAUUCCUGACUAGUCUGGCAGCAACAUUGUGGACUUACGGCUUGUACUUCUGUGGGAAAAUUGAGAUCAACCACUUCUACUGCGCAGACCCACCUCUCAUCAAGAUGGCCUGUGCUGGGACCUUCGUAAAAGAAUAUACGAUGAUCAUACUGGCUGGCAUUAACUUCACGUAUUCCUUGACUGUAAUUAUCAUCUCGUAUUUAUUCAUUCUCGUUGCUAUUCUCCGAAUGCGCUCAGCGGAAGGGAGACAGAAGGCCUUUUCCACCUGUGGGUCCCAUCUGACAGCUGUCAUCAUAUUUUACGGUACUCUGAUCUUCAUGUAUCUCCGACGUCCCACAGAGGAGUCCGUGGAGCAGGGGAAGAUGGUGGCUGUGUUCUACACCACAGUGAUCCCCAUGCUGAAUCCAAUGAUCUACAGUCUGAGGAACAAGGAUGUGAAAGAAGCCAUGAGCAAAGUGAUCAACAGAAUAUAUUUAACAAAAUAAAAUAAAACUUGAGUUAAUGUUGUCUUCUAUUACUUGGUUGGAGACAGGUUAUUAGCCAGUACAUAAGACC